CUUCUGCUUCUUUUUUUUUUUAAUCGAAAACGCAAAACCCGCGCGUUGGUGCUGAUUGUGAGUUUCGCUGCGGUUGCGGGGCGAGGGAAAACUCACAUGUUGCUGUGAAUAUAUCACCAGAAUCGUUAUGGCUGAUGAGGAGAUUGUAGCUGUGACAGAAUACGUUGAAGACAUGAUGGCAUUUCACAAAAGAACUGAGAUAGCAUGUAACAUUCCAUCAUAUUAUCAUGUAGGAAGGGCGGUGCUUAUAGAUGAAGUGGUUGAGUCACAUAAUGACAUUGGAUUCUUUCCCGAGACAUUGUAUCGUACUGUAGAUCUCAUAGAUAGAUUCUUGGCUGUCCAAGAAUUGGAUCAAUACGAAUUAGAACUUGUUGGAAUGAGUGCCUUGUUUAUAGCAGCCAAGUAUGAGGAAAUAAGGGAUCAUUCCUCGAAGAUGUAUCAGCUGUCAGAAACAGCAUACUCUGUGAAACAAGUAGUUGAGAUGGAGUGGAUAAUACUUGAUACCUUAAAGUUUGAUUUGUGGCAUCCCACGCCAUACGUGUUCAUGAAGAGCUUUCUUAAGGUUGCUCAGUCCAACAAAAAGGUGGAGCACAUGUCAUUCUUCAUUCUCUGAGCUCUCCCUAGUUUCUCAUGAGAUGCCUCGCGUCAAACCAUCUUUGCUCGCUGCUGCCUCAAUCUUCACCGCAAACUGGACUCUCGAUAAUAGUGAGAGGUGGAAUGGUGCAAGUGAGAAACAUACCGGCUACAAGAGUGAUGAUCUCAUGUGAGGAAUGUGCAAGAGUGAUGGUGACACUCCAUAAGAAUGCAAAAGUGGGGAACCUUACCAGUGUCUACUAUAAGUAUGCCACCAUAAAAUUCUUAAACGUAUCUAAAAUGGAGGCGGCUGUUUCUCUUGGGGCACAAGUUGAGAAAAUAAGUUGUGGUAAGAAGAGGAUUAGGGAAGAAGAAUAAGAAAGAAGAAGAGGCAUUGAUGGUGGACUGGAUUUGUAACAAUUUGCACAGUUGAAACUACAUUCAUAGAUGAGAUGGAAACUUGUACAUCCCUAUUUUGCUGGUUAGUACAUAAACUUUGUACAUCCAUAUUUUCCAUUGCAUGUCUGUUAAUUCGAUUAAAAUUUCCACCCA